AUGGCAGCGACCGACGAGCAUGCGUAUAUCCAACCUCUUACAGAUAUCUUCAAGGCAAUAUCAGAGCAAGCAAGCAAAAGGAUGGGGGGCAUUCAAUCAUCCAUACCCGUUGAGGUGAAACUAGCGUCGCCGUUUGGCCAACUUGCUGAGCUCGCCAGGGCUUACUACCCAGGAGUUCUGGAGCUGGCCGUUGAGUGCGCGAGACAAGCCCUUCAACCGGAAGUUCUGUCGCGGUCUUCAGAGACUUCUGGCAUCUCUACAAUUCUGGAAUAUAUCCAGAAGGACCAUAUGCUCGACCUUGAUAUAAUUGUUCAACUUCUGAUCAGGACCGGGCGGCAAUUGGAUAUAGGGGUUUCGCGACUCUGGAACGAGGCUCGGGAGGGGCAAUUGGGAGAUCCUCAAAGGGCUCUGGCACUUCUUUGUAAUAUUAGUGAGGUCGCCGGUAUCGCCGUACCAGAUCGAUUUGUCAAGGGUAAGCAAAAACUUGCACCUGACAACGCCGAGCAGGAGAAGCCGCAAUACGAUAAAGAAGAGAGGUUAAGCAGGGAGCCUAUGAUGACCCCUGCAGGGGCUGCCUUGUUAUCGGAAAGGAAAAUAAGGCACUAG